UUCACUAGAGGACAGCAUUACACAUUGCAAAGUAGAAUUGGAAUGGAAUGGAAAAGAUUUCUUACAGGUUUCAGAAAUGGGUGAGCUAGAAAUAGGUUGGGGUUGAGGUUACAGAGUAAUUUGCUAGAACUCCGGAGCCAACCAGUCAAGGUGGUUCCUAUGUAGCAUGACUUAAAAGCAGCAUCUACAAACCUUACUGUGUAAAAUCGGCAGAGGAUGGGACGGACUAUCUUGCCUCUGUAUGUACUUGGUGGGAUUUAGGGGCAGCUGAAUAGGUAGGACAGAGGAGAUAAGGGAUGCUUGGGGGGAGGAAGAAAGAGGGAAUGUGUUUGAUAUCAAAACUCUUGUAAUUGGUGGGAUGUCCAGUGGAUGAAGGUAAAGGGUGAGAGCAAAGGAGGUGCAGUGGAUGCGGGAUGGCUGCAGACCAGGUGAUGGGUGUUGCAGGAGGAAAAAAUGAAGGGCGGUCAAAAGAAAUGUCGCUCAAAGUGCUGUUGCUUCUGCCUGCUUUGAUAUCAGAGCUUUCAAGCAGAGGGCAGGACGGUUUUAUUCUAUCACCGUUCCAUCAGCUGUCUCUUCGUGCGAGACGCAGAAGCUCUGCCGCAGAGCAAGGAGUGUGAAAUGAGAGAUAAGGAGGUUAUGUAAGGCUGUGCAAAAGGAAGCGAGCCGCAGCCGGAGUGACCAUCUUUAUGCAGCCAGAGGUGUUGGCACUUGUCACUGCAGCACCAGGCAGCCUCUGAGGACAGUGCUGGCUUGGUUGCUUCUUCAUAUUUUUUGUAUUCCUUAUUUUAUUCUUCCGAGAAAGCUGACAGUGUUGGGAAGAGACAGCUGUUAAUUACACAGGUCUGAGAGAAUUCGGGAGAGAAGCAGAGAUCCUGGUUCUGGCAAGAGGCAGGCGUUGCUUGUGAAGCAGUAAUGACAUUUGUGGUAAAUACAGGAUGGCCCCUGGAAGCAGGAGCUGUGACUUCCUGGUUCUCCCUGCGGUCCCUCUGCUUCUGGCAGCACCAGCUGACAAAGCUCGUGCUGCCUCUCGCUUCUUCACAGACGUGUUCUGCAAGGACUGCCUUCAAUGCUUUGUGUUGCAGAGGACUGGAGGACUGCAGCACUCCUGGACGAGUUCAGUGCUUUUUAUCCUUGUCAUCGGUGCUCUGUAAGUUAAAGAAAAGAAGCCCUGGUACUGCUCUGGCCUUGCAGGAGGGAUCAACUGAGAGUAGCUGCAUUUUUCUCUCCUCACUGGAGCUUACUGUGGCCUCCCUCUAUACAUACCCAGGCCUGAAGGUCUGUUCCUAAGCUGCUCACAAGGAGAACAGAGAACAAAACCACUCAGCAGUGUGUGGGUUGUUUCCCUGACAUUUAUGCCAAGUCACACACUGUUGGUGAUGUGCCUGAGCUCCUCCGCCUUAGCCUUUGGGACCUGGGCAGCCACUGUCAUCUGCUUGGCUUGGGAGUUAAGAGCCCAAGCAAGCAGCUCCUGAUUAUGCUGCUGCGGGACUGAAGCACCCCGCUGUUCUCCUAGCACAUGCAACUUGGACACACGUGCACAGGUUAUGAGACUAGAAGUGGUACAUGCCUAUGUCCCAGGCUCAGCCGUGACACUGAGCAACCACAGUCUUGCAAAGCACACCGGUGAGUGCAGAAAACUCAGUAGGAGCUGGCAACGUGAACGCUCUCUUAUUUGCUUUUUCUCAGGCAGAUAAACCCUUGAAGGAAAAGUAAAGGGGUGUGCUCAGCAUGGUUGUCUGACAGUUGCUGCCAUCUUUGAUUUUUACAGCAAUAGCACUUCUUACAACCUUCUGUUCCACUGUCCAUCACCUCCCUGCAGCUUCACUGAUACAGUCCUCACCUACAUCUCCCCCGUGCUGUGUUCCUAGAGAGCCUGCAGCAGAGCCAGCACAAUUUUGCAAUUCCUGGGUGCUCUCGUGAACGUUUCAUUCUGGCUGCCUGAAACUCCCACCUGCCCUGCCGCUCCGUCUCGCUUAGAGGUUGGCAUGCAGAAGAAACCUGUAGGACAAAGGAAAAAAGUGAAGCUGGGCAGCGCUGCCAGCGACCCCGCGAUCGGAGUCUUGUGCAUGAUAUGCGGCCUGAUUGCAUGAAGGGGGCAGUCUGCUUGUAGCCAAACCCCGCGCUGCUCGGUAACCACAUCUGCUGAAAUGGUUUGGAGCGUCGGCUGGCAAUGCCUGCGCUUCGUCAAAGAAAACAUUUAAGGAAGUUCCCCUGCGGAAGUGCUGCGAGCAGCGCGCUUCGCAAGCGGAGCUCCGAGGAGCAGGUCCCUCCCUGGGACGGCGUGCGUGCAUGUGUGCCCACGCGGGCAUCUCCGCUCAUCGCAGGCUUCCCUCCAGGUGACCCCGGGCUGCGUGUCUCUGUGCGUGUUUGGAGAGCUGGUGAUUUACAAUGCAGAUUCGUCGGUCCUCGCCUGCCUGUUGUUGCCCCUCCUAAAUUUGACUGGGAUAUAAGAGGCUGUUUGCUCUCUGAUGCCAACAGUGGCGAUGGCAGAGAGCCCUGCCAUGUGAGAGGCAGAGAUAGAGGAGAGGGGGCGAAGGAGGAGUAAACUGUGCAACUCCUAUUGCUUCUGCUAGCUGAGGAGCACAUCUCCGGGACAAUGUCAAUGCUUACCCCUGUCCUGCAGCCCCCAGAGGUGAAGGAGUAUCUGUCCAAGGGCGAACGCUUCAUCAAAUGGGACGAUGAAACUGCGAGUGCUUCUCCUGUGAUUCUUCGGGUGGAUCCAAAGGGCUUUUAUUUAUACUGGACGUAUCAGAACAAGGAAAUGGAAAUUCUGGAUAUAACCAGCAUCCGAGACACCCGAGUAGGGCGAUUUGCCAAAAUCCCCAAGUGCCAGAAGCUCCGUGAGGUUUUUAACUUGGAUUACCCUCACAGCACCUUUCUGCUGAAAACUCUGACCGUUGUAUCCGGCCCUGACAUGGUGGACCUCACUUUCCAUAACUUCGUGUCCUACAAGGAGAAUGUUGGCAAGAGCUGGGCUGAGGAUAUUAUGGCCAUUGUUCAGAAUCCCCUUACAUACAACGCUUCUCGGUACACCUUCCUAGAGAAAAUCCUGGUGAAGCUGAAGAUGCAGCUGAAUGCAGAGGGAAAGAUUCCUGUCAGGAAUAUUUUUCAGAUGUUUCCCGCAGAUAGGAAGAGGGUGGAAGCAGCAUUAAGUGCUUGUCAUCUUCCAAAAGGCAAGAAUGAUGCCAUCAACCCAGAGGACUUCCCUGAGACCGUGUAUAAAACUUUCCUCAUGAAUCUGUGUCCACGGCCUGAGAUUGAUGAGAUAUUUACUUCACACCAUUUCAAAGCAAAGCCCUACAUGACCAAAGAACACUUGGCAAAGUUUAUCAACAAGAAGCAGCGAGACUCUCGCCUCAAUGACAUCCUCUUCCCGCCAGCAAAACCUGAGCAGGUGCAGAGCCUGAUAGAGAAAUAUGAGCCCAGCGUCAUUAACAUCCAGAGAGGGCAGUUGUCUCCAGAGGGAAUGGUCUGGUUUCUCUGCGGCCCUGAGAACAACGUGAUAGCACUGGACAAAUUGCUGCUGUAUCAGGACAUGACACAGCCGCUCUCACACUACUUCAUCAAUUCAUCACACAACACUUAUUUAACAGCCGGCCAGUUUUCUGGUAUCUCAUCUCCCGAAAUGUAUCGUCAGACGCUGCUGGCCGGGUGUCGCUGUGUGGAGCUGGAUUGCUGGAAGGGCCGUCCCCCAGACGAGGAGCCCAUCAUCACUCACGGCUUCACCAUGACAACGGAAAUCCUCUUCAAGGAUGCCAUUGAGGCCAUUGCAGAAAGUGCUUUCAAAACAUCUCUUUACCCUGUCAUCCUCUCCUUUGAGAACCACGUGGACUCGCCCAAGCAGCAGGCAAAGAUGGCUGAGUACUGCCGAACCAUAUUUGGAGAUAUGCUGCUGACAGAGCCUCUGGAGAAAUACCCGCUGAAGCCAGGAGUUCCUCUGCCAAGUCCUAAGGAUCUCUUAGGGAAAAUCUUAAUAAAGAACAAAAAGAAACAGUUUGUAUCUGAGAAGAGGCAGAAUUCUAUGAAGAAGGGGAAGAAUGUGGAACCAGAAAUCACUGAGCAGCCAGCACUUACGGAUGCCGAAGAUACUGUCUGGGCAGGCGAUGUGGCUGAAGAGGAACCAGAGGAAGAGGAUGAUCAGCUGGGAAACCUGGAUGAAGAGGAAAUCAAAAAGAUGCAAUCAGAUGAGGGCACUGCUGGUUUGGAAGUGACAGCGUACGAGGAAAUGUCCAGCCUCGUUAAUUACAUACAGCCCAUCAAAUUUGACUCCUUUGAAGUCUCUGCCCAGAAGAACCGGAGUUAUGUCAUCUCUUCCUUCACGGAGCUGAAGGCUUAUGAUCUGCUGACCAAGUUCCCUAUGCAGUUUGUGGAAUACAACAAGCGCCAGAUGAGCCGGAUUUACCCCAAAGGCACCCGGAUGGACUCCUCCAAUUACAUGCCCCAGAUGUUCUGGAAUGUUGGCUGUCAGAUGGUGGCACUGAACUUCCAGACCAUGGACGUCCCCAUGCAGCAGAACAUGGCUCUGUUUGAGUUCAACGGCCAGUGUGGCUAUCUGCUCAAGCACGAAUUCAUGCGGCGUCCAGACAAGCAGUUUGACCCUUUCUCAGUGGACCGCAUUGAUGUGGUGGUGGCAAGCACCCUGUCUGUCACGAUACUUUCUGGUCAGUUCCUCUCAGACCGCAGCGUGAAGACGUAUGUGGAAGUGGAGCUGUUUGGGUUGCCAAGGGACACGAAGCGCAAAUACAGAACCAAACUGACCUCCACCGCCAAUUCCAUCAAUCCCGUUUGGAAAGAAGAACCUUUUGUUUUUGAAAAGAUCAUGAUGCCUGAGCUGGCGUCACUGAAAAUUGCAGCUUUUGAGGAAGGAGGGAAGUUCAUUGGUCAUCGUGUCAUUCCCAUUACUGCAGUGCACUCGGGCUAUCACCACGUUUGUCUCCGCAGUGAAAGUAACAUGCCGCUCACCAUGCCCUCUCUAUUUGUGUACCUGGAAGUCAAGGAUUACGUCCCUGAUGCUUGGGCAGAUCUGACUAUUGCUCUCUCCAAUCCAAUUAAGUUCUUCAAUCUGCAAGAAAAGAGAUCAGUUAAUCUGAAAGAUGGCUCGGAGGUGGAGAGGCCUGACAUGCAGAGGAACUUCUCAUUCUCUGAAAAUAAUGGGAUAGCAGAGUCCUCCAGGAAAUUCAGCACCCCUUUUGCAAACGGGCCUGCAGGAGCAGCAGCUCUGGUCAAGGAUGGAAACGUGAAGGAAGUGACACAGCUUGCAGAGCCUCAGACAGCCAGCCUCGCAGAGCUGCAGCAGAUGAAGCUCUUCCUGAAGCUGCUGAAGAAGCAGGAGAAAGAGCUGAAGGAGCUGGAGCGGAAAGGAAGUAAACGGAGAGAAGAGUUGCUGCAGAAAUAUUCUGUUCUCUUUUUGGAGCCUGUCUGCCCUGGAGGCAAGAAAAGGUCGAUGCACUCCAGGAAAACCCAGAAGAAGAGGAGCUUGACAGCAGGUGAUGCUGGUACCUGCGUGCAUCCUGUAGAAAUGGCAGAAAGCCUUGAUAGCCGAGUUGUGGAACUGAAAGAGAGGCUGGAGAUGGAGCUUGUCCGCCUGGGGGAAGAAUACCAUGAUGGGAUUCGAAGGAGGAAAGAGCAGCACGCCACAGAGCAAACGGCCAAGAUAACAGAGCUAGCCAGAGAGAAGCAGACAGCUGAGCUGAAAGCACUGAAGGAGUCAUCAGAAAGCAACAUUAAAGACAUUAAGAAGAAGCUGGAGGCGAAGCGAGUGGACCGAAUCCAAGUCAUGAUGAGGAGUACUAGCGACAAGGCUGCUCAGGAGAGGUUGAAGAAAGAAAUUAAUAACUCUCACAUCCAGGAAGUGGUCCAAACAAUCAAACUGCUGACAGAAAAGACAGCCAGGUAUCAGCAGAAGCUGGAAGAGAAGCAGGCAGAGAAUCUGAGGGCAAUCCAAGAGAAAGAAAGCCAGCUCCAGCAGGAGGCAGCGGCAGAAUACGAGGAGAAAUUGAAAAGUCUGAGUGUGGAGGUGCAGGAGACAGUGAAGAACUACAUGAGAGAGGUCUUUCCUGAGGGGCCAGAGAUUCAGAAGGAAGCAGUUCUGAGCAGGCCCGUGGAAGAACAAGGCUCUACCAAGCAACUAGAAGAGAAGAGCCCAGCAGCAGAGGUGUCAAGGCUGACAGCAGCUACGGCUGAGCCUCCAGGAGCCAAAACAGACAUCAAUUUUGAGGAAAGCAUACUGUGAGUGAUGCUUCCCUUACUGUUCCACUUCAGGAAUGCUUACGGACAUACGGAAUGAAGUUUAAGACCAGCUUGGCAAACUACUCUCUCUUCCCAUGCUGGGUAACUCCUGAAAUCCUUCAGGAAUUUACUACUUAGUUAUUCUAGGUAUUGGAAAUAGUCUGAGGAGCUCGCCUUUCAGCGAGCGCUUCUCUCUCCUUAGCACCAAGGCGUUUCAGCAGUGGGGCUGAAGACAAAGCUGGUUGUUGACACUGACAACAGCAUCUACAUUAAUAUUUUGGUCUGGGUUCACUUGUCAGUUUUCAGAGCAAGUUUCCUCAUUGUCCAUUACACCUGUUCACACCAGAGCAGUCUCAGAGCUAGAUCCCUCUGAACCAAAUUUAACUAAGAGGCGCUCAGCAGUCGUCCACCAACCCUGCUCCAACCAACUGAGAGCCAGCCUGGAAAAAAAGCCCCUGAAAUGCACACGAGUGGAAGUGGCAGAGGCACAGGAGAAACCGUUGCUCCCUAAAGUGCCAUUCCCCCUGGCAACACUACCUGCUAAUGUAACGCAGCCCCUGGUUGUAGGAGGAAAGGUCAGUUUGAAUCUCAUGUCUGUUGGUUUGUUUGUUAGCAUACCACUUCCUUGCACAACCAGUAUUGGCUUUUUAGUUGGUUUCUUUCUCCCCACAGGCAGAUGAGGACAGUUUGCAGUGCACUGCUAUACAAUAUCAAUCAGCAUUUCUUUCUGUGGAAAUGUGCACUGCCAGCAUUCUGGCUGGUUUUUUUUUUCCUCCUCCUUUCUUUUCAACUUCCUCUUACCCCAGGGGCUGAUUCUCACUCCCAAUUUUGACUUUAUGGCUUUGGUAUGCCUUCAGGCAACUUCUUAGAUCUGGAUCCAGUAUCUCCCAAGACCCUUCCAGUCUUCAGCAGGCUUCUUGGGUAAUUAUAAGGCACACCAUGAGGAGCCUAAGAGCCUUACUUAGCAUGGGUUCCUGCUAUCACAAACACACUUGCAGAGUUCUCUACUACCAUAAUUAGACACUUGCAGAGCAUCAUUGCAACUUUUGCCAAUGAAGCUAAAUUAGCUCCACGUUACUUAGGAUUACAACCUUGACCAAAAUCUCUCGGCUGCUUGAAAAUAAUUAUGUUGAUCAAAUAAAGAGCAGACUGCCCCUAAGAGUAUCUCACACAGAAAGCUGAGCACAAAAAACACAUUGCAUCUGUUCAAGUAGCAGAAAGAACAGCAGUUCUCUGAAGCUUCCUUUACCUGCUGCCAGCCCUGUUAAUGAAUGACAGCGAUGGGCUCAACAGUGAUGUGCACAAUCUGCUCCUUGCUGCUGGGAAAGCCCAGCUCCUCAAAUAAUUCCCAUGGGCUUUGGGACCUUGAGUGUAAGACAGCACACUGCUUCGGUUUGAAGGUGUAGCGCUCAGACGUAGCUCCAAAGCCUCAGUCACUUCCCAUUUCUCCAUGAAUUACAGCCACCUGCAACUAACAACAAUUUUCCCCCUUUGGUGACAUAACAAAUAAGUCUUGUUCCACAGCCUAACUGAAGGAAAACUGCCCAGCUGCAUGACUUCAAAGACAAAUGGUUCUCAGGCUCUUUUAGCCCUAGCAGAUAACUGCUGCUGUCUGUCUUCACUCACACAAAGCCUUCCAGCAGAACACACCUGGAGGGUCAGGUUCCCAAAAUCUCAGCUUUGUUGUGCAGCAGAAAAAAGGGCACAUUCCUCUUAGCCAUCUUUCCACUUCCACUUUCUAGGACAGCAAAGCCUUAUUUUGUGAAUGCAGAACUCACAUCACAGUCCCCUGCCUCCACACGCAUUUUCUUCCUCUCACCUGUGUUAUGACUUUGUGCACUGAGCCGCUUCGGCACAGCGAGUUCUCACUCAUCCAGGAGGAAGGAACUGGAAACAUAUGGCCCAACUCUUUUCCUAGCACCAUGUAAGGCAGACUUUGCUUACGGAUCCUAAAAAAGGAGGAAAUAGCAAUAAUUCAGCACAGAACAAGAAACAUCCCAGCCUUCCUCCUAUCAAGUCCUGUAUGCCUUGACACCAGCGGCUACAGCCCCUUGCUUUAAUGCACCCACUGAUGCAUUUGGCCACCCAAGCCACCACCGUGCUGCGGAGGGUGGAGAAUCUUUAAACCCAGCCAUGGCAGAUAAACAUGUGAGAACAGGGCCUGAAAAGCUGCUCUUAUCAGUGAAACCUUUGCCCUUAAAUUGAGACCAUGUGUUCCUAACUGCAGCAAGAGUUUCUCUCCCCUCCCUAGGACGUGCCACUGCAGUAUCACCUAUUAGCCUUCCCCACCCCUUGACUUGUUCUUCAGGUUUCUGUCUUUUCUGGAAAAGUGAGCUCAGGCAUGGUGAGCCUACAGCAUGCAGUGGUUGUCACAUGAGAGCUGUUACACCUAGAAACUGCACUGGGGAACGCAUCGUGAAGUGCUGCUAUAAAAACCAGCUCGAGUAGGUAUGAGAUGAGAUGUUCCAAACCUGGUCUGACACGCAAGAAGAGACCAUACCUCCCUGUGGUGUUAACAUAGUACUGGAAUUGUGUGUUGUACAUUUCUGACUUAUUUAUUUUCUAAAGUAAUAAAACGU